UCUCUCUCUAUCUCUUCGCUGUUGGCUCCAAACCCCUGUGAGCAAACAGAACAGAGGUUGCCAUGGCCGGGAGCGGAAGCGGGACUGGGAGCAGCUCGCCGUGCGCGUCAUGCAAACUGCUCCGGCGGCGGUGCACGCAGGAGUGCGUGUUCGCGCCCUACUUCCCUCCCGAGGACCCCCACAAGUUUGCCAUCGUCCACAAGGUGUUUGGCGCCAGCAAUGUCAGCAAGAUGCUGCAGGAGCUGCCUGCUCAUCAGAGAGCCGACGCGGUGAGCAGCCUGGUGUACGAGGCCAACGCGCGCAUGAGGGACCCUGUCUAUGGCUGCGUCGGGGCCAUCUCCUACCUCCAGCAGCAGGUCUCCCAGCUCCAGGUGCAGCUAGCCCUCGCGCAGGCCGAGAUCCUCUGCGUCCAGAUGAACCACAAAGGCAAUGGACAUCCAGCCGCUGCACCGGCGUCGGCAAAGCAACAACUUCAGCAGCAGCGGCAGAUGGAUGGCGAGGUUUACCAUAGCCUGCUCUUGCAGAAUGGCCUGAUGAUGAACACAUUGAAUAGCACUGCUGUUCAUCAGCAGCAGAUGCUGGGCAACUUAGGUUCCGCGGGGAGCACUGCAAUCAUGCUGCAGGACGCAUGCCACGAGUAAGGGCCACUCUGGGCAUGAAUUAUGUACUUACAUUUGUCGAUCAGAAAAAAAAGUCUCCAUUUCUGGCUUGGUGUUAUUAUUGGUGCUAUUAUAUUUAGGCCUUUCUGCGCGUUGUUUUGAAGAGAGAUUAUGAUAGUAUUUUAUUAGAUCGUUUUGAGUUAAUCGUUAUGGAUAGUUCAACAACAUAAUUUGUAUC